AUGAAUAAACUUCAAUUAAUUUUCGUUUUAAUCAAUAUUUUAUUGAUUUCCAACACAUUUGCCGUUGACUAUCAGUGCGAAAUAAAAGGAAUCAAAGGAGAAUACUGCUAUGUUGAAAAUUUGCAACUUACCAAGGGAAACUCCAAAAUCGAUCCAAAAGCUCCCACUCCAACGGACAUUGAACGCGUUUACUUCAACACUGGCAACAAAAUUCCCACUUUAUCUUCCGGCAUUUGUGAUGCUUUUGCGAAUCUCGAACGUUUUUACGCAUGGAAGAGUCAAGUAGAGGAAAUCCAAGCAGAUGCCUUCAAGGAAUGUGGAAAAUUGGAGCUGCUCGAAUUGGGCGAAAAUAAAAUUAAACAAGUUACGCCUGCAAUGUUCAAUGGUUUGGCAAAUUUGGAGGACUUGGAGCUGUAUUCGAAUGAGUUGACGGACUUGCAAGUGGAUGACGUUGUAGCGAAAAUGCCGAAAUUAAAGGGAAUUUGGUUGGCUGACAAUGACUUCAAAUGCAGUCGAUUGGAGGAAAUUUUGACCGCUUUGGAUAACAAAAAGGUUACAGUCUAUCCGGAGUUCUUUCAUCCGAGACCACGCAGCUACACUCCUGAAAAGAGACGCGGAAUUCACUGCAUUGCGGAUUAA